AUGAAGGGCCUCGUGCUCUCGCUCCUCCCUCUCCUGGCGGCGGGCUCGCCAGUCCUGGUUGACACCAUCCACAACGAUGCUGCUCCUCUCAUCUCCUCCUCUAACGCAAAGGAGAUUCCCAACUCCUACAUGGUCGUCUUCAAGAAGCACGUUACUGAGCGUGAUGCCUCGGCCCAUCAUUCCUGGGUCCAGGAUGUCCAUCUCUCCCGAGAAUCGAGCAAGCAAGAGCUACGGAAGCGUAGUCAAGUUCCCUUCUCAGAUGACACCAUCUUCGAGGGCUUGAGACAUACCUACAACAUCCCUGGCGGUCUCUUGGGCUAUGCCGGCCACUUUGAUGAAGAUGUCAUCGAACUGGUCCGCAGACAUCCAGAUGUCGACUUCGUCGAACGAGACUCCGAGGUCCAUACCCUUAAAGAAUCGCCUUCUCUCGAGAAGAACGCUCCCUGGGGUCUUGCUCGUAUCUCUCACCGUGAUGCGUUGAGUUUCGGUGAUUUUAACAAGUACCUCUACUCUGCCGACGGUGGCGAGGGUGUCGACGCCUACGUCAUCGACACUGGAACCAAUAUCGAACACGUUGACUUCGAAGGCCGUGCCAGCUGGGGCAAGACAAUCCCGGCCGGUGAUGAUGAUAUUGAUGGUAAUGGACACGGAACCCAUUGCUCCGGCACUAUCGCUGGCAAGAAGUUCGGUGUUGCCAAGAAGGCCAAUGUUUAUGCUGUCAAGGUCUUGAAGUCCAACGGCAGCGGCACCAUGAGCGAUGUUGUCAAGGGCGUCGAGUGGGCCGCCGAGGCACACGCAAGUACCGUCAGUGCCGCAAAGAAGGGCAAGAAGAAGGGAUUCAAGGGCAGUGUUGCCAAUAUGAGCUUGGGUGGUGGCAAGUCGAGACUCCUCGACCUCGCUGUCAACGCCGCUGUUGACGCCGGUCUUCACUUUGCUGUUGCUGCCGGCAAUGACAACGCUGACUCUUGCAACUACUCUCCUGCUGCCGCGGAGAAGGCCAUCACUGUUGGUGCGUCUACCCUAGCUGAUGAGCGAGCGUACUUCUCCAACUAUGGUCCCUGCAACGACAUUUUCGCCCCUGGUUUGAACGUUCUUUCCACCUGGAUUGGCAGCAAGUACGCAACCAACAUCAUCUCCGGUACCUCCAUGGCCUCUCCCCAUAUUGCUGGUCUCCUUGCGUACUUCUUGUCUCUUCAACCCGCUAGCGACUCCGCCUAUGCCGUCGCAGACAUCACUCCUAAGCAGAUGAAGGCAAACAUGAUUGCUAUUGCAACCGAGGGUGCUUUGGAUAAUGUCCCCGCCGACACUGCCAACAUUUUGGCCUGGAACGGUGGUGGCAAGUCCAACUACUCCGAGAUCAUCAAUGACGGUGGUUUCGUUGCCAACAAGGGAUUUUCCCCAGAAGAGUAUCUCUCCGAGAAGGCCCAUGAACUCAAGGCUGAGCUCAAGCGUGUCGCGGAGGAACUCGAAGCCCUCAUCGAGAAGGCUUAA